CAACAGACAAUGGAUCAAAUUUUUUUGAAAGCCUUUCGUGUCUAUGGAGGUGAGAACAUACACGGCAACAACACAGAAAGUGCAACAGCAACCCCAUCAGAAGAUGAGGAUGAAUCUGACACUCAAGAUGAGGAGAAAUGUGAGGAGAUUGAAUAUGUUGAGGUUGCUGAAAUUCUAGCCAAGGAUGAUCUUGAAUUUCAUUUGCCCAAGAAUCAACGUUGUGCUUGCCAUCUUCUGAAUCUGGUUUCCACCGUGGAUGUUGACACUGCUCAAUCGGAUGAAACAUACAAAAGGUUAUCAAGAUCAUCCUUCUCCAAAUGUUGGGCCUUGUGGAACAAGAGUGGCCGGUCCAACAAAGCUGCAGAGAUGAUGGAAGAGGAAUAUAGUAUGCAGUUAAUUCGUCCAAAUGCCACACGAUGGAACUCUUUGUUUCUUUCAGUGGAGAGGAUCCUGAAGAUCAUGAAGGAAAAGGGAGAUAGUGCUUUCCGGAAUCUCUGUGCGGAAUUCAAAAUCCCUAUGUUCACUCCUGCAGAAAAGGCCUUUCUUGGGGAAUAUGUCACAGCUAUGGCCCCUGUUGCCAAAGCGAUUAAUAUCUUGCAGGGAGAAACCAAUGUGCACAUGGGCUGGCUUGUACCAACACUCAAUGUCAUGGUUUCCAAACUAAAACGAGCCAAGAUAUCCAUGAAACUCUGCAAGAGCCUGGUAGAUGCAAUCCUUGCAGGUGUGAACAAGCACUUCGAUGACAUGCUCAAUGAUCCUGAGCUGAUUGCGGCUGCAAUCCUGCUUCCAAAGUUUAAAACUUAUUGGACAACUGAUGCUGCCAUCCUCAAACUCGGUUUGUUGACACAGGCAUAUAAAACUAAAUGAAGAGCAGUGACAUGCUAAUUAG